GGCUCAGUUUAAUUUGUGGUGAAUCUUUGAACAAACAUCACAUAUUUUGAAGUUUAACUGUGUAACAUGUUAUUUAUAUAUAGAUUUAUUAAUUAAAUUCAUUUUUAUUGAAUAUCAGGCAUUUACCAAGAUGCAAAAAGAUGGCAAUUGGUCACUAUUUAUUUUAUUAUUAAUGUUAUUUAAUACGGCCAAUGGAUUAUAUAGCAAUCAGCCACGAUUUCGAUCUGAUAAUGGCCAUUUAUACAUCGAAAGUGCUACAGACCACAAUAUUUCAUUGAAUACUAAAGGACAAGGUUAUAUAAAUGUGAAUAAUGAAAACUUACUUCAAGUUAUCGGAAUGGCUAAAGAAGCUUGGGAUGUAGUUGAGUCGUUUCGGUUAAAUGAUUUACCUACAUUUAUGGAUUCUGUAAAGAAUGUAGUACCAAUGAUCGACGGUCCGAAGGGUUUAACCAGUCGGGUCACUGCGCUGGAAAUGCAAAUUUUAAAUGGGACAUCGUUAACGUUUCCCACUAAUAAGAGAAAAGAUACAAUGAACGGAGAAAGACUUUCACAUAGACUAACCAAUUUAGAAAAAAAAGUAUCCGCUCUCGUAAAUCUUUUAGCGAUAAGCGAGUGCUUGAGUAACCCUUGUCAGAACGGUGGAUCGUGUAUAGAUUUGUACAAUGGAUUUCAAUGUAAUUGUCCACACAAUUGGCAGGGUAGACUGUGCGAACUGGACGUAGACGAAUGUGUACGUUUCCUUCACACGGACUUAGGGUGUCAAAACGGAGCGGAAUGCAAGAACACGCCUGGAAGUUACGAGUGCGUGUGCGCGGCGAACUGGUUCGGUUUGCACUGCACGAAAAGGAAGAACGAUUGCAACGGUGCAAUGUCGACGGAGCUCUGCGGCAACGGCGUGUGCAUCAAUCAACCGUCGACGGUCGGUUACACGUGCAUUUGCAAUCAGGGUUGGACUACCGUGGACGGGGGACAAAGUCCGGCUUGCACGAAAGACGUGGACGAAUGCAAGGAAAACAAGCACACGUGCUCCACAAACCCACCGGUCGAGUGCAGGAACACCAGAGGGUCGUUUACUUGCGGAAACUGUCCCACAGGUUACGAGGGAGAUGGUUUCGUGUGCACAGACAUCAACGAGUGUUUAGUAAAUAACGGCGGCUGCAGUUUGAAUCCCAAAGUUCAAUGCGUUAACAAUAGAGGUUCGUUCAAAUGUAAACCGUGUCCAGCCGGCUAUAGUGGUGAUGGGUUUAACUGUGUCUAUAUAUCCGGAGGAGUCUGUGCGAUAGACAACGGAGGGUGUCAUCCAAAUGCUGAGUGCACUGUUUAUGCUGAAACAACAAUUCAGUGUACAUGUCGGCAGGGGUAUACUGGUAAUGGUGUCGGAAUUAACGGUUGCAUUAAAAUCAAUCAAGCAGCAAUAGACCCUUGCACAAAUAAUCCAUGUGGUUCCCACGGCGAAUGCGUUCAGAAUUCAAACAAUAGUUUUUCGUGUCUCUGUGACACGGGGUAUACAGGACGAACGUGUAGUAUUCACGUGGAAAAUUCAUGCUUAUCAAAUCCGUGUCAAAAUAACGGACUAUGUCUCCCCGAACUAGAGCCCGGUGAUUAUACUUGCACCUGUACUAGUGGAUAUUAUGGACAGUAUUGUGAAUCAUUUGUAGAAAGUUGUGGCGGUUAUUUCGACACCUUUAACGGAACACUGAAGUUCCCGCAGUCAAAUACAUCAUCGACGUAUCAGAGUAACAUGAAUUGUGCGUGGACGAUUGAUGUAAAUUCGUCCAGUGUUAUAAAUAUGUCCUUUGUUUGGAUCGACAUUGAAAAAACGAGUACUUGUUCAUUCGACUAUGUCGAGAUUAUAAAUGGUGACGACGAGGACGGAAAGGUGUUGGGUAAAUUUUGUGGAAAUUCUUUACCUUUAAACAAUAGCAUUAUUUCGGAUUCAUAUUCAGUUACUGUACGUUUUCGAUCUGAUGGAUCCAAAAACUUUCGAGGUUUCCAGUUAAACUACACAACAAUACAACCAGACUGUGGUGGUGAAUUAAAUAUUGAUUCACACGGAACAUUAUCCUCUCCUGGUUCUCCAGGAAAAUAUCCACCUAAUCGUGACUGUUAUUGGACAUUGAAUGCCAUUCCAGGAAAGAGAAUCCAAUUAAAUUUCUUUUCAUUAAGAUUUGAGCGACAUAUAAAUUGUAGUUAUGAUUAUUUAGAGAUUAGAGAUGGUUUUACUCAGCACAGUCCAGUUUUGGCGAAAUUAUGCAACACCUCUUCUAAUGGUUUACCUCCCCCUGUAUUGACUUCAGGUCCACAUGCAAGUUUGCACUUCCAUUCCGAUGGUUCUGGUCAAGACUACGGGUUUCAAAUGACGUACGGCGUAAUUGAAGGUGUACCAGGAUGUGGUGGUAUUCAUACAAGCCCGUCUGGAAUAAUAACUUCUCCAGUAGAUUUAACCAGUGAUACUAAUAACUAUUUGGACAAUUUAAAUUGUGAGUGGCAUAUAAGAAUGCCUUUGAGACAGAAGCUAAAACUUGCAUUCGUGAAGAAGUUUGGUAUUGAACGAACAACAAAUUGUUCAACAGAUUUCUUGGAAAUUUACGAUGGAUCUAAUAUUAAAUCACCAUUAAUUGGUCGUUAUUGUGGUACAACAAGGUUUGAUCAACCAAUUAUCACAAACAGCAACGAAGUCACCAUUGUUUUUAAGUCUGAUUUUGCAUCUACGGCUGAAGGAUUUACAAUCAAAUAUGAAACAUUGUGUGGUGGAACAUUUACAGACAGUAAAGGUAUUAUUGAAUCGCCAUUCUAUCCGAAUCCUUAUCCAAAAAAUAAAAUAUGUGAGUAUCUUAUCGCACAACCAGUUGGAAAAGCAAUUAAAUUAUCGUUUUUGGAUAUGGAGAUUGAAGAUUUAUCUUAUCCACAAUGCUUAUAUGAUUCACUAGAGAUCAGAGAUGGAGACAACGAGAAUUCAACGAAAAUCGCAUUGUUAUGUGGAAAUAUUGAAAAACUUCCUAAACUUCCUUACAUAUCAACACAUAAUUAUAUGUGGUUAAAAUUUUCUACCGAUCAUUCUAAUUCUAAUAAAGGAUUUCGAGCUAACUACUCGACAAUUGAUAUAGCAUGUGGUGGUAUUUUGAAGGAACCAUCUGGUAUUAUACAAUCGUCAAAACAUUCAGAGCAAUAUUUACACAAUCAGAUGUGUAAAUGGAUUAUAUCUGUGAAUGAAUCUAGUCAAAUACAAAUAACCUGGUUAACAUUUUCCUUAGAAACCCAACACUCUUGUAAUAAUGAUUAUGUUGAAAUUUAUGACAAUAGUAUUUCGGGAAAUUCAUCAAAAAUUGCUAGAUAUUGUGGAACUAAGGUUCCACCUGUACUGACUUCGUUGGGUAACCGACUAACAAUCAUUUUUAAAACUGACCAUUCUGUGGCAUCAGACGGAUUUAUGCUUAAUUACAUUUCACUCAAUAAGGCACAAGCAUGCGGUGGAAACUUCUUCAUACCAGAAGGUUUUAUUAAAUCACCAAAUUUCCCAAACGAUUAUCCCAAACUAAAAGAUUGUACAUGGGUUAUAAAUGUACCAGUAACUAAUCAGAUUGAAUUAAACGUUACUCAUUUUCUGCUCGAGGAAAGUUUAGACUGUCGUUUUGAUUACGUUGAAAUUCGAAACGGAGGAUUUCCUACAUCGCCUUUGAUUGGUAAAUAUUGUGGAUCUAAAAUUCUUCCUAUCAUAUCUUCAAUUGGAAAUUCACUUUUUGUAAGAUUUGUAUCUGACGGAUCUAGAGGACGUAAAGGUUUUUUCAUGCAAUGGUAUACAACUGCUAGAGGUUGUGGUGGAAUAUUGAAUUCUGGUGUUGGACAUAUCGUAUCACCUAAUUAUCCAUUGCCUAUACAGGAGCCAUUAGAAUGCUAUUACAAGAUAGCUGUGGCACAAGGAAGUCAAAUCAAACUCACUAUAUUAGAUAUUGAGUUAAUAACUGACCAUUUUCCUGGAGGGCAGUGUAAAGAUAAUUUCCUUGAAUUUUUUGAUGGGGGUAAUAGUGCAAGUAAAAUGUUGGGAACAUUUUGUUCAGAUACUCAAUCAUCUACAUCUGUGCAUUCAUCUUCAAACCAGAUGUACAUUAAAUUUAGAAAUAGUGGUUUUUCCAAAGGGAGAGGCUUUUCUUUAAAAUAUGCUACAGACUGUAAUGUAACUAUAAAAGGAUAUCAAGGUGCAAUUGAAGUGACUCAUCAAGAUAAUCUAAGAACGGAUAAAUGUGAAUGGACAAUCGUUGCACCAAAAGGUAGUAAAGUUAAUAUGACAUUUACUUCAUUAAAAUUGUUGCAUAAGCGUCAUUCAUAUUUGUCGUCUACAAUUAAAAGUUUGGUAGCUAAUAGUAAACGUAACAACUCUCAAUUAACUCAAUUAACUAUAUCGGAAGGUGCAAAUAUAAAUGAAAUAAAUACAGAUCUGUGGGUUCAUAGUUCUUUGGAAUAUAAUCAAUCUAUAAUUGCUUCAACUAAAAAUAUAGUCAAAGUUAGUUAUAACGUUCGAAGCAAGUUAUUCUUUUUGGAUAGAAUUGACAGUUUCCGUUUGGAAUGGAUAGUAGACGGUUGCGGGGGAACAUUGGAUCAACCAGAAGGUGAAUUUACAUCACCAGGAUAUCCUGGAUUUUAUCCUCCGAGUACAACUUGUGAAUGGAAUAUUGUCGCUGAAUAUGGAUAUAUCAUAGAGAUAACUAUAGUAGAUUUUUGGUUUGAAAUUUCAAAAUCUUGCGCACUCGAUGCAUUAGCUAUUUACAGCGGAGACGAUGAUUCUGGUCCAGAGUUAUUAAGGAUAUGUCAUCAACAAACCAGUCCAAUCAUUGUAACAUCUGGUGGAAAUGAAGCUUUUGUAAAGUUUGAUUCUAGUGCAGAGUCUCAGAGGAAAGGAUUUAGAGCUACUUACAAAACAUUUCUAUCGAGUAAGUUUUUUUCUGCUACAACUAAAAAAUAUUAAGUUACCACAU